AAUUUCACUGAUUACUGGCGAACAGCUGGAAAUGAUUAUAGGAUAGUCGCUAAAGAAACAUUUGAAGCAUUUAUCGAGAAGCGCGCAAAGGCUGGUCAGUUCUUAACUUUAGGAGGUAUGAAGUCUUAUACUUCUAUCAGGAAUCGUUUUAUGUAUCUCUUACGAACUAGAGAUUUAUUUCAUCGGAUUAAGUGGAUUCGUGUACGCAUAUCUCACAAAUCCUUCAGAAUCGAGUAUGUUAGAUUAGUUGUGCGAAUUACGUCAAUCAAUGACAAUUGUACCAGCCUCCAUACACAAUAA